AUGAUUGGUAUGGAGCUACAGAAGCCAAACGCAGGCGGAGGUGCCGUAACCAUCUUCAAACGUGGCCAAGUCCCAAAAUCUGUCGCGCAGGCUAUGGAUAAGGGCAGUAUACCUGAGGACGAGGAGAAACAACUCGCUACUGCAGGGGACGAGAAACUUGCAGAAGGUUCGACGAGCUCGGAUUCCGAACUUGUCAAAGGUGUUGCCAAGAACGACUCGAUCUUCACGUUUACUAACGUCAAUUAUACGAUACCGUAUGAAAAGGGCGAAAGGAAACUACUGAACGAUGUUCAAGGCUUCGUGAGGCCAGGCAGACUGACGGCGCUCAUGGGCUCUUCGGGUGCCGGAAAGACAACGCUCCUCAACACGCUAGCCCAGAGGAUCAACUUUGGCGUCGUGACUGGGGAUUUUUUGGUCGAUGGAAGGCCUUUACCGAAAUCCUUCCAAAGAGCCACUGGCUUCGCUGAGCAGAUGGAUGUCCACGAACCUACCGCCACCAUCCGAGAGGCGCUGCGAUUCUCGGCACUUUUGAGACAGCCGAAGGAGGUACCAACGGAAGAAAAAUAUGAGUAUUGUGAACGGAUCAUCGACCUUCUUGAGAUGAGAAAUAUUGCUGGGGCUACGAUUGGCAAGACAGGUGCAGGAUUGAACCAAGAGCAGCGAAAACGAGUGACCAUUGGUGUUGAGCUUGCUAGCAAACCGGAGCUCCUCAUGUUCCUGGAUGAGCCUACGUCAGGCCUUGACUCUGGAGCGGCUUUUAAUAUUAUCCGCUUCCUUCGCAAGCUAGCAGAUAGUGGUCAGGCGUUGCUUGUCACCAUCCAUCAACCUUCCAGCGUGCUCUUCGAAUACUUUGACGAGCUAAUCCUACUGAAGACUGGCGGUAACGUGGUCUAUCACGGAGAGCUCGGCAAAGAUUCCCGUCAGUUGAUCGAUUACUUCGAACGCAACGGCGCCCACAAGUGUCCCCCUCGCGCCAAUCCUGCCGAAUACAUGCUCGAAUCCAUUGGCGCUGGUGAUCCUACGUACAAGGGUAAAGACUGGGGUGAGGUUUGGGCUUCAUCACCUGAACAUGACGAGCGUACCAAGGAAAUCCAGUCGAUGAUCAGCUCUCGACGAAACGCCUCCGUAGGAGAAAAGACUCGAGAUGAUCGCGAAUACGCUAUGCCGCUCGGCACACAAGUCUACACUGUCGUACAUCGCUGUUUCGUUAACUAUUGGCGGGAUCCGGAUUACGUGAUUGGAAAGUUCAUGCUGCACAUUGUCACCGGUCUUUUCAAUAGCUUCACAUUCUACCACGUCGGAAAUGAGACAAUCGACAUGCAAUCGCGACUCUUCUCUAUCUUCAUGACUCUCACCAUCUCGCCACCUCUGAUCCAGCAGUUACAACCCAAGUAUCUGCACUUCCGCAGCAUUUACAAGUCUCGCGAGGCGAACUCGAAGAUCUACUCCUGGUUCGCGCUCAUCUGUGGUGUCACACUAGUCGAGAUACCGUAUUCCAUCGUCGCCGGGACUCUCUACUUCAAUUGCUGGUGGUGGCCCGCCGUCGGCCGUGGCGCAAGCAAGUUCGACAGCGCAUACACGUGGAUGUUGCUCAUGCUCUUCGAGCUCUUCUACGUUAGCUUUGGUCAAGCGAUCGCUUCAUUCUCGCCGAAUGAGUUGCUGGCGUCCAUUCUCGUGCCCGUCUUCUUCCUCUUCGUCGUCUCCUUCUGCGGUAUUGUUGUGCCAUACGUCGCCAUACCCCACUUUUGGCAAUCCUGGAUGUAUCAAUUGACACCGUUCCACUAUCUCCUGGAAGGCUUCCUCUCCGUCGCUACACACGGCCGGCCCGUCAUUUGUUCCUCCACCGAGUUCGCUCGCUUCGCUCCUCCACCAGGCCAAACAUGCCAAUCCUACAGCGCCUCCUUCAUUGCCCAAGCUGGUGGCUAUGUGCAGAACGGCACCAAUGGGCUCUGCGAGUUCUGUCAAUACGCUACGGGGGAUGAGUUCGCAGCGGGUUUCAAUGUCUACUACAGCCACAAGUGGUUGGAUUACGGGGUCUUCUGGGCUUUUUGCGUCUUCAACUUCAUUGUGGUGUUCAUCUGCUCCUGGCUUUACCUUGGAGGAAUGAAGAAGGUUAGGGCGGCACUGAUUCCAGCUGCGAGAAAGCAGAGGAAAGAAGCGCAGGUGCACAACGAGAAGGCAUGA